CUGGUUUGUUUAUGGUCAGGCCACAACAAAACGAGUUGGAGUUUAAAACGUUAAGGGAGAAACGAUAGAUAUGACGACUACAAGGAAAAAGACAGUGCUCAGGUUAUGACGUAAAAGGGCGAAACGAAGGCUACCCGUUAUUCCUUCUUUUCGAAAGUGCCAUUUCAAAAAUAUCCAUAAUGCCAAUUUUGUGCGAAACAAGACCGAACAUUUCAGUUCCUAAUCUACCACCCGUUUUCAACAAGAGACUUUUUAAAGCACAAGCAGGAUUUGUGCUAACCGACAAGACUUUAGAGAUUUUACAGCGACGCUCCACUGCUCGAAGGUCAGCCGACGAACUACAUGUCGUAAAACCAGUUGUCGCGGCGCUUAAAGAAAUUCAUAAAGGCCUUCAAUUUAUUAAGGAAGCGCUCUGCCAUGUUGUCACGUACCAAAAAAUCGAGGCUGAUGUUGAAAUUUGUAAGCAACAAGGAGAAGGUUGUCUUUCGUGUUACUAUAUUUUGAGCGGAUCUGUGGAAGCUAAAUAUGAUAUUAACAACGGCUCAUCUGGCGAUCCCACAGCGACUGAAAAGUCGCACGACUGUGAAAUAACCUAUACACACGUGGCUGGCGAAUAUCUUGGUCUUGUAUCUGGAGAUGGAAGAGAGUUCGAUCUUCCUCCGCCAGACAGUAUACGAAGCGUGGAAGUCACUGAAUUAUUGCGAGUCGACCGCGACAGAUUUCACAGCGUCGUCAAGCGAGUUCAAAAUCGCUAUGUUCAAGAAAUUGAAAUGUUUAUUGAGGAAGUCGCCGCUUUGAAAGCGCUGCCUUCGGAAGAGAAGAGGAAAUUAGUUGGUUUGAUGGCAAUGCAGGAAUAUCCCGCAGGAAAAGUCAUUGUUAAUCAAGGGGAUCUCCCAGAGCAUCUCUUUUUUGUUGCAAAAGGAAGAUGUCAGUACUACAGGAGUAUCUUUAUUGACGAAGUUAACCGAGGUGAAAUAGUCAAACUUGGACAAAUCGAAAAGGGUGAAUUUUUCGGUGAAUCCACCAUUCUGGAUUCCAGUCCUUGUUUCUGCAGUGUUGUGAGCAUCGGUACCGUCACUUGUUUCCUGGUCAACAAGUGGGCGUUGAAAACCAACGAGAGUAUUAUCGAAAUGCUUAGUCAGAAUCGCCGCUGUUUCUUCAACGACAACGACAUUAAGCAUUACAUCCGUGACAGUGACAUCUGGCAGAGCUUCAAGAGGUGUACGAUCACCAGUCUGUUAGAAAUGGCGGGAAAAUAUCAAGCCACAAUUGACAGGAGCGAAAUGACUCCAAUUCUCUUUCGGGCUGUGGAAUAUGGAGAUGCUAAAAGGUAUCAUUUGAGAAAGCCAAAUCACGACGAUGAAAUGCCCGGAGCACCGAAGAAGGCGGAGCAGCUUUUCGUGCCUCCUCGGUCAAGGCGACGAUCAUCUGCCAUCUUGACAAGCAGCGCUGCAGCAGUCGUGAAAGCCGUCUUAUUGUUGAGAAGAAAUUCCAAGAAUGACACUGAUGGCAGAGCUAAUUUUCCUUUUUCGAGUAAAAGAGCACUUGAACAGUUUAACAGACCCACUUUAGAAACGUCUAAACCAAGAAGUGCACCGGCGAGAGAUCGUAUGUCAAGGUCACCAACAAUGGGUCGUAGAGCAAAAAGUGUCGGAAAGCAGCUAAAAAAUGUCGCAGUACGUCCACAUACUAAAGGCUCUGUGUUUUCUACUGCUGAUGAAACAUCUGUUAAUGCUGAGCCAAAAAUCACAAAGAAUGGGAAUACUCCAGGGAAGAUAGGAGGAAAGCAGAAAGAGAAAAGAAAAAACAAAAGGGGAAGAGGAGACGAGAGAAACAGGAAAGGAAAGUCUGCAUCCAAGGAAGAUAACACUGGAAAAGCAACUUUUAAGGAGGACAGCAGAACGAGCAGUCCAAAAUUUUUGCCCUCUGUUCCUGUUGAAAAACCUGCCGUUCAAAAGCCGAAUGUGGUUGUGAAAGAAAUUAUCAACACUGGAAUACCCGGCCGCCGUUUCUCUCCUAAAAGUUAUCGGAGAUUCGAGAGAAGCCUUUUUGAUGUUUUGGGUGACCCACCAAACUAUGACCACAGCUCGUCAGAUGAAGAUUCUGUUUCUCUACGAAGUCCAGUUUUGAAUCCAUGGAAUGUUUCAUUUGCUGCUAGUAAAUGGAUGAGAAAUAUUCGUCAACGAAGGAAGAGUUCACCAUCAUCAGGAGAGGUUGAAGAGACUGGCCAGCCUCCAAUUAUCGUCAUUGAGGACUGGUCACCAAAUGAGGCCCUCGGUGAGAAAACAAGCGAUGAAACGGGAUGUGGUCAGAUGGCUAAGAACAGAAUAAAGUCACCAACGAGGAAGGCGAAUCGCACCCCAACGCCUGUGCUUGAUAACGUCACGGAGGAAAGCGAGGAAGAUGUUAAGAAAUAUGAGAAUGAACUUCUACCCUCUGAAAGAUGGUACACUCCAAUUCACGAGGCACGUGACACGUGCAAACAGCAAUUAAUUGAUUUCAAGAAGGAAAUUGAAAAUUUGGAAGAGCAGCGGAAGAGGUUAAAACGAAUUCAGAAAAAGAAAACAGAGAUAGAGGAGGAAGAAGAAAACAACGAUGAAGGUGUUGAGAAGGAUACAGAGGACACGAGGGCAAACGAGACCCCAGAUAAAAACACUUCAGGAGAGACACGUCGACCAACAACAGGGAACCACCGCCACUUACGAAAACAAGUUUCCCUCAGCUCUGGCGUCACCAGUGCUGCUGUCGGAAGGCGUCGUGCAAGGACAUUCACAGAGGUGUCACCGGAACGUCAACGAAGUGGAGACCAGCUCCGAAGAACCCAGUCCCUCAGCCGUUUUCGCUUGAUAAACGUUUAUGCGUCAAAUACCGCGUCAACAUCCCAUGCACACACAUCGACCCACCUGUCACAGGGCCAAGACGCAGAGUCUCAACACUGGCAAAUACAACAAGCUCGAGGGAAAUUAAGCAGAAUUGAGAAACGAAACCAGCUAUUGCGGAGAAAAGUGGAAAAUCUGGAGAAAAACGUGAAAACAACGAGACGCUAUUAAUUAUAGUAAUCAAAUCUGAAUCGGUUACAAAUAAAAUACUAUUGAGUGCUUCGUCUA